AUGGAGGGCGCUUUCGCCAUGACUUCCUACACAUUCCAUGGGGUCACCGAUACUUUGACGCCCGAAAAUGAAAAGUAUAAAGUGGCGCUCGACACUGCCGCAGCCGCGUUUGAAGAUGCAGAAAAACUACUGAAUGACGCUUCUUUUGAGAACCGAGACGGGUGGAAGGAGGACCAAACGACCGAUGAUGGGGAUAUUGUCUACGCCAAGCACACGAAAGAAGGAACAAAGAUGGUGACUGUUAGGACCGUGCUACCGGGUAAAGCCGACGAUGUGAUGAAGGAGACGUGGACUGGGGCGGCUACGCUUCCCGAAUGGAACCCGAACAUCGAUUUCGCUUCAUCGGUUGCCACACUUACUGACCAUGUUGAUAUUCUUACAUACGGAAAUAAUGACGUGUUGAUCGUCACCGGUCGCGAAUUCGUCUCGGCGAGGCUCUACCGGAAGGUAGGAAACGAUUACAUUAUGGCAUCGCGCAGCGUCGAUUUGCCCCAGUUGAAGGUGAAGAAGGGCAAAGUCAGGGCGUGGCUUCAUCUGGCGGCUGCACGCUUCCGGCCUGACCCGACCGACCCGGAAAACAAAACACUAACGGAUGUCGUCAUGCAUGUCGAUUUGAAAGGGUUGCUGCCAAAGAUGCUUGUGAAUCAGGUCGUCGGACGCAUCAUGAUGAUGGACGCCGAGCAGAACAAGAAGCACUUCACUGAGCUGAAGAAGGCAAAGGAUGCUGCCGCUGCCGGGCAA